AAAGUAACCCGAAUGAGGCGCUCGACCAAUGGGCGCAGAGGCCGCGGGACUCUACGCUAGUCUGCGGUCUGGCGGUGAAGCUGUUUGAUUUGAGCCUGGUGUAUAUUUUUAAUUUUCGGCAGGUUUUUUUGAACAAUUUAAAUAAAUGGGGUCGGUUUGAACAAGGGAGCAUCUGUCCAAAAAAACAAAAAAAACAUACAAAAAUGAUCCAGGAUCGGGAAAUGAUUUUAAUUGAUUGAAACAGACGCCUUUGUUUUUAAUUUGGCGGCGGCGGCUGAAAUCGGGCCUCUGUUGUUUCUUGUUUUCUCGGUGAAAAAAGAGAGAGACUUUAUCUUUUAAAACUGUUACACCAAGAACUGAGCACGCUGUUUUUAUUUAGUAGUAGUGUGAGGUGUUUUCAAGGCUAAACUUGUAUUAAAGAGUAAAAAACAACACAUAUUUAUAGUAAUUUAUUAUUAAUGUUUAUUUGUAGAUUUAAAACGCCAAGUUUCAGUUUUUUUAAUACGGUUUUUUAAAAACAAAAUAGUUUUUUUGUGGAGUAACUUGACGAGAGAAAUGACGUCCGCUUCAACGAAGGUGGGAGAGAUCUUCUCCGCGGCCGGCGCUGCCUUCACCAAGCUGGGGGAGCUCACGAUGCAGCUCCACCCCGUGGCCGACUCCAGUCCUGCAGGGGCCAAGUGGACGGAGACGGAGAUCGACAUGCUGCGCUCGGUGGUGCGUCGCUUUGGGGAGGAUUUAAAUCAGAUCAGCUCCGUUAUCAAAGAGCGCACCGUCGCUCAGAUCAAGACCACAGUGAAGCGGAAGCUCUAUGAAGACAGUGGGGUCCCCCUCCCCUCCGAGUCCCCAAAGAAGUCCCAGAAGAAAGCCCCCGUCGCCGUGGUGACGACCCCCUCUGUCAUCGCCGUGCCGACUGCCCAGGUCGUGGCGACGGGGCUGCCGGACCCCUCCCCCUCCCCCGCCAUCAAGAAACAGAAAACUGCAGCGGAUGUAACUCUCAGCGCUCUCAAUGACUCGGAUGUGAACAGCGACCUCGUUGAUAUCGAGGGGCUGGGCGAGGGGUCGGCCACCAAGAAGCUCAACUUCGACCAGGACAGUUUGAAUCUGGAUUCCAGUCUCAUCAUGAACUCCAGUGACCUGCCUCUGCUCUCCCGCUGACAGACAGACGGACGGAAUCUCCAUUCCAGCGCCCGUUACCAUGGAAACAAGGGCUGGGUGUGAAAACGGAUUUCUCGAGGCGCCUGGGGGCAGGGGGGGGGGGGGUGAACCUGGCACUCCUUUUAUCUGAGUGCGAAAGACUUUUUUUACCAACAUACAUUAUUAGUAUUAUACUUUUUUUUUUUUUUUUUUUUAAACAGAAUUUGAACAACCAAGCAGGUUAUUUAAAAAAACAACAAAAAAAAAACACAUUUUUAAUAAAUAAAGUUAGUUGUGUUUUUUUUUUAUUUUAUUUUUUUUUGUCUUCAAUAAAAAUGACAGAAGUGGCCGUUUGGAAAAGUAGGUUUACUGUACUAGGAAAACCAAACCAACCCCCUCUGUGAAUAACUGUGCUGUGUUUGGGUCCUUGCUUUUAGAUCAUGAUUCAUAUUCGUGGAUCUCUACCUGUUUGUAUUAUAAUUAUGAGCGGCUGCUAGCCGUUUUAAAAUGCUGAGUAAAGAGGAGCUCUGAAGCCGUGA